CUUAUCACUGAUAAGUGUGAUAACUUAUCAACCUUCUAUCUCUGUCUCUGAGGGUCAGCCUUUUUCGUUUGAAGAUGGAGGAGAACAAAAAACCCUAGAAAACCAUUUCCAAAACGACGACUUAAUCAAAACCCGACUCUGACGAAACACACCAGAUCCGAACCUUGGAGAGGUUAAUGAAAUGUCGUCUCUGAGCAGAGAGUUAGUUUUCUUAAUCCUCCAGUUCUUAGAUGAAGAGAAGUUCAAGGAAUCUGUUCACAAGCUAGAGCAGGAAUCUGGGUUCUACUUUAAUAUAAAGUACUUUGAAGAGAAAGCUUUAGCUGGUGAGUGGGAUGAAGUGGAGAAGUAUCUCUCAGGGUUUACCAAAGUUGAUGAUAAUCGUUACUCUAUGAAGAUUUUCUUCGAGAUCAGGAAGCAAAAGUAUCUCGAAGCUCUAGAUCGUAAUGACAGAGCAAAAGCUGUUGAGAUAUUAGCUAAAGACUUGAAAGUCUUUGCUACCUUUAACGAGGAGCUUUACAAAGAGAUUACUCAGCUUCUCACUCUUGAGAAUUUCAGGGAGAACGAGCAAUUGUCUAAGUAUGGUGAUACAAAGUCAGCGAGGAAUAUAAUGUACACUGAGUUGAAGAAGCUCAUCGAGGCGAAUCCUCUGUUUAGAGAGAAGCUAGCCUUCCCUAGCUUCAAGGCUUCUCGCCUGAGAACUUUGAUUAAUCAAAGCUUGAAUUGGCAGCACCAGCUAUGUAAAAACCCGAGGCCUAAUCCUGACAUCAAGACAUUGUUCUUGGAUCACUCUUGCAAUGCAGCAAACGGUGGUGCUCGUGCACUCACUCCUGUGAAUCUUCCUGUUGCGGCUGUUGCUAGACCUUCUAACUUUGUUCCUCUUGGAGUACAUGGUGGACCCUUUCAACCUACUCCUGCUCCGGCUCCUAAUCCCAAUGCUCUAGCUGGCUGGAUGGCUAACCCAAAUCCUUCCUCAUCAGUUCCAUCUGGUGUCGUGGCUUCUGCUUCUCCUUUUCCUAUGCAGCAGCCAAAUCAAGUUAAUGCUCUGAAACAUCCUAGACCACCGUCAAACUCUCUAGGAUUGAUGGAUUAUCAGAAUGCUGCUGAUCACGACCAGCUCAUGAGACGUUUACGGUCUGCACAAAAUGAGGUCACAUAUCCUGCUCAUUCUCAUCCUCCCUCUGCGUCACUUGAUGACCUCCCUAGAAAUGUUGUGAGUACAAUGCGCCAAGGUUCGGUGGUGAUGAGCAUGGAUUUUCACCCUGCGCAUCACACUUUACUCGCUGUUGGCGGUUCGAGAGGCGAAGUCAGCUUGUGGGAAGUUGGAUCCAGAGAGAAGAUCGUCACAGAGCCUUUUAAGAUAUGGAAUAUGUCCGCUUGUUCUGGUGUCCUCCAGGGUACUAUUGUCAAAGAACCAUCAAUAUCCGUCACUCGUGUAGCAUGGAGCCCAGAUGGAAAUUUCAUUGGUGUUUCAUUUACUAAACAUCUGAUUCAUGUAUAUGCGUACCAAGGCUCAGACCUACGCCAACACCUUGAGAUUGAAGCUCAUGUUGGCCGUGUGAAUGACUUGGCGUUCGCCCACCCAAACAAGCAAAUAUGUAUUGUGACUUGUGGGGAUGACAAAUUGAUCAAGGUGUGGGAUAUAAACGGGAAGAAGCUUUACACCUUUGAAGGCCACGAGGCAUCGGUUUAUUCCAUUUGCCCUCACCAGAAGGAAAAUAUUCAGUUUAUAUUCUCAACUGCUCUUGAUGGUAAGAUCAAGGCUUGGCUCUAUGAUAACGUUGGUUCUCGGGUUGAUUACGACGCACCAGGACAGUGGUGUACAACGAUGUUAUACAGUGCUGAUGGAAGCAGGUUAUUUUCUUGUGGAACGAGUAAAGAAGGAGACUCUUUCCUUGUUGAGUGGAAUGAGAGCGAAGGUGCACUGAAGAGGACCUAUGUAGGGUUUAGGAAGAAAUCAAAUGGAGUUGUUCAGUUUGAUACAACUCGUAACCGUUUCUUGGCUGUUGGUGAAGAUAAUCAAGUCAAGUUCUGGGACAUGGAUAAUACAAAUCUGUUGACUACUAUUGAGGCUGAAGGAGGACUUCCGAGUCUUCCACGUUUGAGGUUCAACAAGGAAGGAAAUCUUCUUGCAGUCAGUACAGCGGAUAACGGAUUCAAGAUCCUUGCAAAUGCGGAUGGUCUUAGAACCUUAAGAGCAUAUGAAGCAUCUAAAGCCUCCAUCGAGAUGAAGGUAUCAACUUCCGCAAUGGUUUCAGCCCUGAGCCCAGUUGUUGGUAAAAUUGAACACAUGGACACAAGCUCUCCUGCAAGGCCCACACCAAUUCCUAAUGGGAUUGAGGCAAUGUCAAGAAGUAUAGAAAAGCCAAGAAACUUGGAAUCUGUUGUUGAUAAGUCUAAACCCUUGGAGCUAACAGAGAUUGUUGAUCCCACUCAGUGCAGACAAGUGACCAUGCCAGAUAGCAAGGAUUCUGUGAGCAAGGUUGCUCGGCUUCUUUAUACUAAUUCCGGUGUUGGCGUAUUGGCUCUGGGAGCAAAUGGUGUUCAAAGACUAUGGAAGUGGAGCCGCAAUGAGCAGAAUCCAACUGGGAAGGCAACUGCAAACUUAACUCCACAGCAUUGGCAGCCUAACAGCGGUCUCCUAAUGGCAAACGAUGUUUCUGAGAAUCCUGAAUCAGCUGUGCCAUGUAUAGCGCUUUCUAAGAACGACUCUUACGUGAUGUCAGCUUGUGGUGGAAAGGUUUCCUUAUUCAAUAUGAUGACUUUCAAAGUAAUGACAACGUUCAUGCCACCACCACCAGCUUCAACAUUUUUGGCAUUUCACCCGCAGGAUAACAACAUUAUUGCAAUCGGUAUGGAAGACUCUAGUAUCCAUAUCUACAACGUCAGGGUUGAUGAGGUGAAAACAAAGCUGAAAGGUCACCAGAAGCAUAUAACCGGUCUAGCAUUCUCUACUGCACUCAAUACCCUCGUCUCUUCUGGUGCUGAUGCUCAGCUCUUCUUUUGGACCGCUGACACAUGGGAAAAGAAGAAAUCUUCGGCGAUAUCACUUCCACCUGGAAAAGCACCGGUGGGUGACACACGUGUCCAGUUCCACAACGACCAAGUCCAUCUGUUGGUUUCACAUGAGACGCAGCUUGCCAUUUACGAUGCUACAAAGAUGGAAUGUAUACAUAAGUGGGUGCCACAAGAAGCUCUCUCUUCUCCCAUAACCUCUGCAUCUUACUCAUGCAACAGCCAGCUGGUUUAUGCGUCAUUCGCUGAUGGAAACAUUGCUGUCUUUGAUGCUGAUUCCUUGAGACUCAGAUGUCGCAUUGCUCCUUCUGCUUACAUGCCUCAACCAAUACCCAACAGUGCACCGAUCAUUCCACAAGUGAUCACAACACAUCCACAAGAACCGAAUCAGUUAGCAGUUGGACUUUCUGAUGGUUCAGUUAAAGUGAUUGAGCCAUCGGAAGCUUCGAGAAGAUGGGGCGUAGGGGUUGCUGUUACUGCAGAUAAAUCAGGGGCAGAGAACGGACGGCCAUCGAGUUCAUCGGCAGCUAAUAAUAACUCGAGUUCAGAUCAUCAGAUGCAAAGGUAAGAAGAAAAGGAAAAACAGUUUGCUGUCAGUUAAAGUUAGUUGACAGAGUUUAUUUUGGGUUGUAAAGUUGUGAUAGCUUGUGUGCCUGUUUUUUUUUUUUUUUUUGUAAAUGAGAUCCUUUAAAUUAAAUCAGUAGGGCUUAUCAACAGUUUUUUUUUGGUAUUUGUUGGCGUUAUUAUUACAUUAAAAAAAGCUUUACUCUUGAAUGUACCUUUUAAUAUAUGACUUUUGAGUAAUUUAUGCUGUCA